UGGCUCGCAGGGUCGUGUCGUAUGUUUCAGAUCGUUACUGCUCUGCUGCCCGUUGCUGCGCAGUUGCUAAGAAACGCAGGAACGCAGAAAAAAUCGUUUCGUACGUGCGUACCGCGGUGUGUGAUAGUAGUGUGCCUACUACUGCUGUUAUCUUCUGUGCCACCUGCUACUACUGUCAAUGGUGGUGGAUGUGCCAAGUGUUUGUUCGGGAUCGGUUCUUCGUGAAACAACACCGAGGACGCGUGUGUCCUAACGCCCCAACCAGCAAAAAGGACCCCAUCAGGUAGGCUCGAGUGUAGUGUUGGAAUGUCGUGUCGUGCCGUGAACGCUCGCCACCCCACCCCCCAAGCAAGGGUAGCAGCGGGGAAAGUGGAGUGAAGGAAGCGUGAUACGGCAGCACCGGGGAUAGGAGUUGUUUGUCUCGUCCUCGAACCGUCACGCUCGCGCCCAAACUGUGCGUUUACACGUUGCGUGCGUGUGUGCUGGUGUGGUUGUGUCUCAGUGUCCGGAAAGCUUUAGAAUCCGGUGCUGGUGGUGGGUUUCGUGUGGGCCGCGGUGAGUGUGUUCUUAACGGGCAGGGCCAAAACCAAGUGCGGUACGCCAAGUGCCAUCAGCAGCACAUUGCAGGAAAUGACAAGGAAUCGUUCGUUAAAGGGGACUGUCCGCGGGUUCGUCGCCAGUUGCCGUAAUUGUAUCGGUUAAAGUCUUUUCGCGCAACAGUUGUUGCACAAGUGUAGCACGAUCGUGUCUGGUGUGGUGCUCUUUAUCUGUUCUGUGACCGUGCUAAAGUGAGUGUUUUUUUAUAAUUCGGAUAGAAUCGUAUUAGCCGCAGCAAAGGCAGUGAUUGAGUAUGCAAAGUGUAGCAUUAUAAAGGCGUACCAAACGAAACGCGACAAACAAGUGGAAAAAAAGUGCUGAACGGCGUGAGUGAGUGAGCAAUCAAGGUGCAGCAGCAGCAGCAGCAGCAACAGUGUGCAAGGAAGCAAAGUGCAAUCGUAGUGAAUUGAGCGCAAAAUUAAAGGUAAAAAUAAUAGCUCCACCAAUAUAACCGAGCGGCCGCCGUACGCCUUUAGGGUGAGUGGGGUUUGGUGCUAGUGUGUGGUGUUUAGUGUGUACAGCUUGAGUAUAGGGUGGAUUAUACGGUGAAGCUACAGCUUCUGCAGAGGCGGGAAAAGAUAAAUUAAAUCAGGCAGCAUCUCGCCGUGUCGUCGCCGUGAACAGACAUCAUCGCCGUUGGCUGAAGUAAACAUCCAGUUUCCGGCAUCACUCGGCCACCGUACUAGAGAAAAAGAUCUACUUUCCACAACGAUGUAACGCAACACAUUUCGAGAAUGAACCAGAAAACCCGUCAGCAAAGCAAAAGAACAAUAAAAAGUACCAUGUAAUCAACAGCACCGUCAACAAACCGAUCACACAACGUCUUCCGUCCAUGCGUCAGUGAUUUACAGUCUGUGAAAUAUCGUGUAACGAUUUUAACCUAUUGUGCAACCACGAAUCUCCAUCUAAUGAUGAUGAUAGAAAUGAUAAAACUACAAAGCAAUUAUAUGUAGCACGCCUAGAUUCAACCGCUCGAAGCUUGUGCCAUACAGCAUACAUCGAUUAAGAAGUGAUGGAAGUUUGCUGAAAAUUGUUGCAUACAAAACUGGAUGAAUGUUCAACUUUAACCGUACAAAUGAAUGUGUGCCUAAUGUUUGUGAUUUUCUGAUGGAGCUGCUCAUGAAACUUGUAUCGUUUUAACCAUUUGUGAUCAUGACCUGCUGAUGUGAAUUUUGUGGCAAACAACUAGCAGCAUUGUGAAACAAAUUGAGUGCCAAUCCAACCCGCAGGACUUGGAGUGAACUUUGCGUGCCAAACCGCACCGAAACUCGUGCAAUAGAAGUGAGAGAAGGAAGAGCGAGAAUGUCUGCAUCACCUGAAAUGCAUCAUCAGCACCAGCAACAGCUUCAGCAGGAAGCUAACGGUGCCGCGCCGUUGCAGGGUGAGCUAAAGUCUGCGAGUGCUGAAGGAACACCUCCGCCAGAGCUGGCCACUAUGACGACCGUGAGCGUGCUGGAUCUGCAUAAGGAUUAUAAUGGUGGUGCUGGUGUUAGUCCCGGUGGGGCAGCUACAGGGUCAGUCACGUCACCGCACACCAUCGUCCACGAUGGUGCCACCGAUAUGAGUCUUCCGGACGACGGGACGACGGAGAAGGUGUACGACAAGGAGACGAACACUGUGUACGUCUAUACGACGGCUGCCGGGGCAGCAGGACAUAAGCUAGCUGCGAAUGCACAUCACCAUCAGCUGACUACGAUCGUGCACGGUCAGCAGCAGCAACAGCAAAUGCACUCACCGGAUCAGCUGCAUCCGAGCGAACAUCACGCUGUCGCCGAACAGAAUCUGCUCCAUGCUCGACUGAUCCAGCAGCAACAGCAGCAACAGUCAUCGGACGAGCAACAGCAGCACUUGCAGCGAAUGUCCCCGGUCGAUCAACAUCAGCAGCAACACCAUCAGCAGCACCCUCAGGUGCACCCGGACGAUGGUAGCAUCAUCGAUGGGCAUCGUUUGCUACCGGCAACCAUCAAUGGUAACGAUGCUGGUGAUCCACAGCAGCAGCAGCAGCAGCACCAUCAGCAUCCGCACCUCGGUCGAAUGUCACCGGAGGAGCAUCAGGGUGGGGUACGGUUGCUCGAGGACAGUCACAUACAGCGACUGCUCGGCAAUCAGGAAAUUAUCAGUCGAGACAUCAUAAACGGUGAGCAUCACAUCAUAACACGCAACGAGAACGGGGAAACGAUCCUGACCCGCAUUGCCAUCUCGACCGCUGACCAGCUGCUGAAUCGGAUGGAUAAUAGCAUCAUCUACACCACGACUAGCGGUGGUGGCGGUGCCGGUGGGGCAGUCGGUGUUGGCCCUCAGGAACAACUACCGACCACGGUGCUACAGUACGAGAAGGACGUGGAGGACAAACAUCAGCAGCACCAUGGUCAUCCACACGCGGCACCCCACACGCAUCAACCGCAGACGAUCUACACGACGGCGGCCGGUGGACCCGCACCGGACCAGACGCAGACGAAGCAGAUCGUGUACACGCUCGGCGGUGGUGAACCGAAGAACGUUAUCUAUGGUGAUCCGAAGGCAGCUAUGCCACACUUCGAGGCGGUUCCGGGUGCCGGUGGUGGUGGUGGUGGCGGUGGCGCCGCCAGUGGUCCCGGCGGAUCGGGCGAGGAAGAUAAACCUCAGAUCGACUACGUGUACAACGAGGGCAACAAAACGGUGAUCUACACCGACCAGAAGGGGCUGGAAAGUUUGUACGCGAACAAUGAGCUCGGGCUGAUCGACGGUACGCAGAUUGUGGUGCAGGGCAAUCUGCAGUACACGCAGCAGCAGGGCCCGGACGGUACGACCGUGUACGUGGUGUCCUCGGAUAUGAACCCGGAAGAUAUUAGCGGCCUUCAGCAAAGCACCAACACUGGCGCAAAGCUUAAUGGACAGACACUGCAAGCGAUGGAUCUGCUGCUUGGCGCUCAUCCAUCGACACAGGCGAUCAACGUAAAGCGUGAACCGGAAGAUCUUCGCAAGGAGCCAAAAAAUCCGCGCAAUCAGAAGGUAUCGUCGCCAUCGCUGCACAUUAAAGAACCUCCACCCAGCCCUGGAAGUCCUUCAACGGAAACCAUGUAUGCUGCCCCCGGCAGCACGCAGAUCUACCUGCAGGGUCCUUCCCAUCAGAACAGUACAGCAGCGACGGCCAGCUCCAAUGUGAACACCAACUCACCCAGCCCCAGCUCUUACGCACAGUAUGACAUGUAUCCGCCAAACAGACUUGGCCAUGGUGGCACAGCGUUCAUCACGGAACCGUACACCUACCGUGAAUAUUUCGACAACCAGGGUUACGCACCGCCCCGUACCAUCUACGGUACGGCGGCCGAUUCCGAGGGUCCACAACCAGCCACCACGUACGAGGGCCGCUUCACCAAGACCGGCUCGAUCUACACCAAGACAAUCACGUCGGCUGGCCUGACGGUGGAUCUGCCCAGUCCCGAUUCGGGCAUCGGUGCGGAUGCGAUUACGCCGCGCGAUCAGAACAACGUCCAGCAACAGUUUGACUAUGCGGAACCGUGCCAAGCACCGAUCGGUAUGGUCGACCCGAACGCUGCCGGCCACAUACCGGCGUGUGUGGCCAGCCUGCAGCGCAACCUUGCGAUCAACGGUAGCCAACCGAGUCCAACCACAUCGCUGGGCGGUUCGUCGACUGCGGCCGUUGCUACUGCCGGCGCUGCUACGGCUCCGCGCUCCCGCCCGUGGCACGACUUUGGCCGACAGAACGAUGCUGACAAAGUUCAGAUACCAAAAAUAUACACGGAUGUUGGUUUCAAAUACUAUCUGGAAAGCCCAAUCAGCUCGUCCCAGCGCCGGGAAGACGAUCGGAUAACGUACAUCAACAAGGGACAGUUCUACGGCAUUACGCUCGAGUAUGUGCACGAUCCGGACAAGCCGCUUAAAAAUCAAACAGUGAAGAGCGUCAUCAUGCUGCUGUUCCGCGAGGAGAAAAGCCCGGAGGAUGAAAUUAAAGCCUGGCAGUUCUGGCACAGUCGGCAGCAUUCGGUAAAGCAGAGAAUAUUAGAUGCCGACACGAAGAACUCGGUCGGUUUGGCCGGUUGCAUCGAGGAAGUAUCGCACAACGCAAUCGCCGUCUACUGGAAUCCUCUCGAGAGCUCCGCCAAGAUCAACGUCGCCGUCCAGUGUCUCAGUACGGAUUUCAGCAGUCAAAAGGGUGUUAAGGGUUUGCCGCUCCAUCUCCAGAUCGAUACGUUUGAGGAUCCUCGCGAUACGAGCGUUUUCCAUCGGGGUUACUGUCAAAUCAAAGUCUUUUGUGAUAAGGGUGCCGAACGGAAGACACGUGACGAGGAACGACGGGCGGCAAAGCGCAAGAUGACUGCAACUGGAAGGAAAAAGUUGGACGAACUGUACCACCCGGUUGUCGAUCGAUCGGAGUUCUACGGUAUGAGUGACCUGCUGAAACCGCCAGUCCUGUUCUCACCUUCGGAGGACAUUGAUAAGCUAACAUCGAUGGACAUGCAGUUCUACGGACACGAUGCGGACUCUCUCUCCGGCACGUCGGACAACGUUAAAUCACCGUUCCUGCUGCACGCCAACAAACCGGCCACACCAACGCUGAAGUUCCACAAUCACUUCCCACCGGACGUACCGACUGACAAGAAAGAUCCGAGCAUCAUCAUGGACGGUUCGCUGGUGGCAAACUCGAUGGUUGACUUUACGCCCCAGAUCAAACGCCAGCGAAUGACACCGCCGCUCAGUGAGCGGGUGAUGUUGUACGUGCGUCAGGACAAUGAGGACGUGUACACGCCACUGCACGUCGUCCCACCGAGCACGGUUGGGUUGCUGAAUGCGAUUGAAAAUAAAUUCAAAAUUUCCUCGUCGAGAAUUAACACUAUUUAUCGCAAAAAUAAGAAAGGAAUUACGGCGAGAAUUGAUGACGACAUGAUCAGACACUACUGCAACGAGGACAUCUUCAUCCUGGAAGUGCAACGGUACGAGGAGGACCUGUACGACAUCACGUUAACGGAGCUGCCGACGCACUAGCCGUCCCUACCCGGCGUCCGCAGUGCCAUACGCUAAUUGUGCGCCGCCAUUCUUCCCGCCAUCACCACCCCCGUUUGCUCCACCAUUUCGGAGUCGCCGGAGAUACGAAAAAAAAAGCACAGGGUAACCUGUGCACCACACAUCUUGCCAUCGCCGCAGUCGGGAAGCUGCAUUUGCCAACGUGCCAAACCAGCGCCAACAGCAACGAGGGAAAGCGACAGGAAGACAAUUCGUCAAGUUUUUCCGCCCCGAGAUAGCCCCGUAUCACGGACAGAAGCGACAAGUUUUUAUUUUCAAUAAGGAGAGCAUGAAAAUGAGCGAAGUAAGUGCAAGCAAGCAAGCAGCAUACAUUUAAUAGUUUGUAAGUGUUUUUUUACGUAGUUUUUUAAACGAUUUUUUUUCUAUGAGAUUAUGAUAAGCGUAAAGGGCGUGUUAAUUAACAUAGAGAGAACAAUGAAGACAAAACCGUGCCUUAGACAAUCACGAACAGCUCUUUCCCGCGAGUGGGCACAGAGAGUAGGAAAAACUUUGAAACACACAACUGCACACUGUACAUAGGCGCUGCUUGCGGAGCAGCAAACAGUUGUUAAUCCUUUGGGUGGUGUCAAACAUGGCGAAACGGGACAGGUGUCCCCGUCCGGCGUAGCGACGUUAGGAUGGUUAGUGAAUUUAAGUAAGCGAAUUAAUGUUGAACAAACAUUACUAUUUAUUUCGAAACCUAGCCGUUACAUUGCGUUACAUUAGCUGCGUACAAACCCCAGGCACAGACCCUUGGGGAUAGCUUGCUUCAGAGAUUUCAGAUAAUCAGAAUCCACACCCCCCUCUCCCCCCAGGAAUUUGUUUGAAAUUUAGUUUUGUUUAUUUGCCCCUGAGCAAAAAUGCAUUUAAAUGGACCAGCUUCUACUGGUACUUCUGUCCACCACCACCACCAUCCACUCUCGUACAGGCCAUGCGAAUAAUAAGAUCUCAAAAGGAAAAAAGAAAGAGAAAACACAUUGGGUGGAUAGUAUUAAAACAGGAGAGGGAAUUGAAUAUUGCUCAAAUGAAGUUUACUUAAGCGUAUCACAGAUUUUUGUUGCCCCUUCAUUCCAAUUGCCAUAGGUAAGGCACAUGGACACAGAAUACUUACAAAAAUAGGCAUACUUCAAUGGAGCUGCUAGCUCUUUCAAGAUAAUGAUUAUAUAUGCUGUUAUGAUUAUAAAUAGUUGUCCCCCUAUAAAUAAUUGAGCGAAACAAGCGCGGUAUUACCGCCAGAGAGCAUGCAAUAUUAACAAAUAGACAGUGUUGCAGGGGCUGUAGUGGCAGAAGGCAGCUGCCGUCCUCCGCCACUAGUUCGCUGCUUAGGCUUAGGAUUUUCUUUACUUACGCUCACCUUCACACACAAACAGACACACACAGACACACAACUCCAUGACAGUAUUUUGUAUUAGCAACUCCACAGAUCAUUCCGUCCGCAGGCAGCCCGACAGACAGGCAGACAGGCAGCCAGACACGAGUUGUACUUAAUGUUCUUUGUUUAUCAAACUGCCAUAUUGUCGUGGAUAGAUCACAAAACUAGCAACGUAAGGAUUUUGAUGUUUCCCCCCCUCUGGAGCCUUAAGAUUUCUGGCCCCCCUCCCAAAACACGUAGUGCCGUAACGAUAGAUGCGCCUAUUGAUAGCAGUAAGUACACGUUUUAUUAUCGGUAAUUGGUUAAGUACCUGAGGCGCACGCGGACGAGAGAAAACAAACACUAGCGUAUGCUGUUGAUGUUCAAGUGUGCCAGUAAAUGAUUGAAACGAGAAGCGAAGGAGAUAAGAAAGAGGAGGGGGUUUGGAUUGAGUUGUUUGUAUACUAAUUAACUAAUUGUUUUUUUUUUCUUAACGUCUUAUCUCAUUCUCCCUUCUAAAAUCGUUUUUGUUUUAAUGCGGCAAAAGUCCUGAAAGGAAAAUAUUUUGUAACACGAUAAUUGGCACCCAAACUAUGUGAUAUUUAAAAGAGUGGAAAAAAAGGAAUUCAAAAAUUGUACUUGAGGAGACACACACAGAAGCGCCGCGUGUCCCCUGGAACCGGAUCCGGCGACCCAACUCCCCCCUUUCUUUUCGCGGGGUGGGAAGGGGGGAUCGGACCGUUAUUAGGGGUUAAAGUUAUGUGUAAAAAAAGAAAACAAAACUGGCCCGGAACACGGCCCCGUGCGAGGACUUUUCUCUGCUUCUUAUAAUACCUUUAAUCGAUCGAGUUGCCAUAACUGCUUAAGCAAGCGUGUGUCGGUGUGAGCGGAAAGCGGGGAGUUUAUUUUUUACUUUUUUGUUAUAGAAGGAUGAGUGAGCAUGUAUGAGUGUGGUGUGUGUGUGUGCAUUUUUCUUAUUGUAAUCAGUUACAUUCCACACACACACGCACACUUAGCUGUGGUAUUCUCCCGGGGUGGCCAAACGACGAGUGAGAAAGGCGGCACAGAAGCGUAUCGGAUCGGACGAUCCUCGGAAGGAUCCUUAUAGCUGCUAGGUUAGGAUCCUUGUAGCGAGCGAGAGAGAGAGAGAGCAUCUAUCGGAAAAUAGCACAAAAUGUGGCACAAUUUUAGGUGGUUAGCAGUAGGAAGGUGCGCCACUAGGUAAGGGGCGCAUUUUUUUCUUUCUUCUUUGUAGCCUGUAGGGACGACUAGCUCUUAGUAGUUCUAGUAGUAGAGGUAGUACACAGAAAACACAGGAAGGUGCAACAACAGUUGCAGUGUAGGCUUCCGUUAAAAAUGCAAUAUUAAUUUUACAUUGACAGUAGGGUUUUUUUUCUUUCUUUCUUUCUUUCUUUCUCCUCCCCACCCCAUUUGUUUCGCCCUAGGAGCUAGGUAGUAGGAGCGUCGUAUCGGUUAAGUAGCUUAGUAGCCUUAGUAGAAGUCUUUUUUACCCGCGUUUUUUUUUUGUUUUGUUUUUCGUUACUUUACUUCGGUGGUUUAGGCAAGCGAUAAGCCGUCUUAAACCUUCCGUUAAACAAACAGCCACUCAAAUCCACAUCCACAUCAGCAUGUAAUAGUAACAGUAAGAAAGAUUUCAAAAUGGCGGCUUUCUUUAAGGAGUAAAACACAGCAUGGAAAGCACUCCAUUUCGGUAGCAUUUAUCUUUUAAUUCUCCUUUUUUAUUGUUUCUAUUUCACCUUUAGUAGUUUGUAACCACAACCAAUACACGCACACACACACACACUCACUUAGCUGUUAAGCUACAUCAAUUACAAAACAAAACCGUCCUUCGUAUUGCCAUUUUCCUUCUUGAAACCUCCCCCACCUCCUCUUGAGAUGAGAAUUUGCCAUCCAGGACAAUCAUGUACGACCGGUAGCCAUUCCAUUUUCGCGGAUGAUCGCGCCUCUAAUGGUGGUCGUAUGUGAUUUUUGUUCUACCUUUUUUUUCUUAAAUCAUUAAUUACAAACUAGCGGUUAAGUCUUUAGUAAUUACGCGAUCUGAGUUAGGUUAAGCGUUUUGGGUAAGAGCGAAUGAAGCGGCGAGCAAAAAAAAAAUGGUUUGAUUUGAUGAAGACGAGAAGGAAAGGAAUUUCACACAAAAAAAAAUGCGUUUUUGGAAAUGGAUUAAACGUAAGAAAAACACACACACAAAAAAAAACAAGCAAAACCCAGCGUAACAGAUGAAGUAAAACAAAAAAAAAACAAGCGUUUAGUAUGUAAGGUUCCCCUUUUUUUUAAACUGUACUGUUAUAUUUUAUUGACGGCAGCACGAAGUGGAAGAAAAGAGCGUUUAAAUAUAAUUUGAAUUUAGAACAUUGAAA